CCACGCAGCCGUACGGCGGCGCGGAUGUAGAGUGAAGUGGCCCUGCAUUCUAUAGUUGUACCAAAGCGUGAAAACUGACAGGCAGCACUGUGUAAAUACUCGACUUUUGUUCCAAUAUUUUUUUAUUUUUCUUCACCCACUCCGACCAUUCACACGCACGAGCAGUGGCAGUGAGUGCGUGCGUGCGCCAUGCACAGUUAGACUUCUCAAUUCAUCAACAACGUAACCUGUUAAUGUUCUAGUGUUCACAAUAUUCGCAAUGUCGACAGCCUGCAAUUUUCUACUAGGGGGCCUAUUUUACAUCGUCUUUAUGCAAGUGAGCGUCCUGCCGGGAGUAGUGACGACCACUUUCCCGUUCCAAGACGAUUCACUCCCUUGGGAUGAGCGACUGGAUGACUUGAUGUCUCGAUUGGCCCUGGACGAAAUGACCCUUCAGAUGGCGCGGGGCGGCUUCCUCAAGAACGACCCGGCGCCACCGAUCCCCCGCCUAAACAUCAACCCUUUCAUCUGGGACGACGAAUGCCUACACGGAGAUCUGGUCUACAAUGCAACAUCAUUCCCGCAGUCUAUUGGAUUGGCUGCAACUUUUAGCACAGAUCUGCUGUACAGAGUUGCUGAAGCUAUUGGUUCUGAGGUCCGAGCCAGGCACAACAACCUGACCCAGCACGGCAUCUAUGUAAGCAAAGGUGGCCUGAGCUGCUUCAGUCCUGUCAUCAACAUCAUGAGGCAUCCACUGUGGGGCCGCAACCAGGAAACAUACGGUGAGGGUCCGUUUCUAAGCGGGGAGAUGACCAGAGCGUAUGUGACUGGCUUGCAAGGAAAUGACUCGCGCUACGUCCGGGCCAACGCUGGCUGCAAACACUAUGCCGCCUACGAUGGGCCUGAUAACUACCCUGUUUCUCGAUUCACCUUUGACGCCAAGGUAUCAGACCGUGACCUCUUCAUGACCUUUCUACCUCAGUUUCAUGAGUGCGUCAAAGCUGGUAGCUACAGCAUCAUGUGCAGUUACAACAGCAUCAACGGAGUACCAGCUUGUGCCAACACAAGAUUCCUGCGAGACAUCCUCCGCGACCAAUUUGGCUUUCAGGGGUACGUUGUUAGUGAUGCGGGUGCACUGAGAGCAGUUUACGCUGCGCACAAAUACACGUCUACACCUCUUGAGACUGCCGCAGUGUGCGUCAAGGCUGGAGUCAAUCUGGACCUCGCAUCAGUGACAGCUAACGUCUAUACCUACAUCACAGAGGCAGUGUUAAAGAAGAUGGUGUCGUACGAUGACGUGGUGGCAUUGGUGCGUCCAUUGUUCUACACCCGAAUGAGGCUUGGGGAGUUUGACCCACCAGCCAGAAACCCUUACACCAAGCUGCGUGCCGAGGAUGUAGUUGAAAGCAUUGCACACCAGAAUCUUGCCAUAGAAGCUGCUGUCAAGAGCUUUGUCUUGCUGAAGAACGAUGGCAUACUACCAGUGAAAAGUAUUUUGAAGCUUGCGAUUGUUGGUCCGUUUGGAAAUGACUCCGGUCAGUUGUUUGGGGACUAUGCAGGCACACCGUUGCCAAAAUACGUCACCACACCACUGGCUGGCCUGCAACCCUUGGCCAAUGAAACUCGCUUUGCUGCAGGAUGUAACAACCCUGUUUGUGCGUGUGCGCUGUACAACCAGUCCAGUGUUGUUCAGGCAAUAAACGGCUCUGAUUUUGUCGUCGUCUGUCUGGGUUCAGGUGUGACGGUGGAGAGUGAGGGUAGAGACAGGAAAGACCUCGCCCUGCCCGGCAGCCAACUACAACUUCUGCAGGAUGCUGUCAAAGCUGCCAAUGGUAAGCCAGUUGUCUUGCUGCUCUUCACUGCCGGACCAUUUGACAUCUCCUGGGCCAUCAACAACACCGCUGUCCAGGUGAUCGUACAGUGCUUCUUUCCAGCCCAAGCUACUGGUGUGGCCAUCAGAAACAUGUUUACCAACUACCUUGGUGUCAACAACCCAGCAGGAAGGCUUCCCUACACAUGGCCUGCAUCCAUGGACCAGGUACCCCCAAUGAUAAACUACUCCAUGGUGAACCGCACCUAUCGUUACUUCAGUGGAACACCGCUCUAUCAGUUUGGUUACGGACUCUCCUAUACCAAGUUUGAGUACUUGAAGUUUGUCGUGGAACCUGUCAGCAUCUCUCCGUGUAAUGACGUUUUCGUUAAUGUGACUCUGAAAAAUGUGGGAGCAUACUCAGGAGAGGAGGUGGUCCAAGUCUACAUUCAGUGGCUGGACGCGACCGUCCCAGUGCCCAAGAUCCAGUUGGCAGCCUUCAAACGCAUCAGCAUCACCACACUUCAGACUACAACGGUCAUUUUGUCCAUUCCGGCCCGUGUGAGAGCGGCCUACACUGACCGCCUGGUCCUUCAGCCGGGACGCUUUGAUGUGUUUGCCGGCGGUCAGCAGCCAGGCCCAAGUACUGGUGGGCGGAUGAACUCCAAUGUGUUGAUGGGGAGAUUCCAAGUGGACGGGCCCGAAACGGACCUGGCUAAAUGUCCCGCCUAAAAUACACGGAGGAUUUAUCACUCACUAUAAAGUCAUGUAUAAGGCUGGCUCAUGCCUCGCCUUUUAUUCAAAUGUGAAGUGAAUUUGACGUCACAUAACAAUUGCAGCAAUAUUCUCCCGAGUUGAAAUGUGUUCAACUCAAUUUGACUCGUUCAACUCAUUUCAACUCAAUUGAAAUGACCUCACAAAUUUCCAUGCAUGUUUGCGCCGAGCAUGAACUGGUCCUGAGAGUCACAGAGUCACAGGUCAAGCUCAAGUUCAGCACGAGUGAUCUGGCACACGGUACCCUGUGGAGACAUGUGCACGAUAGGGAACAAAAGAUUGUAUAUAUAUGUCUCCCCAGAGCAAUUUCUAUUGUUGAAUACGUCUCCACAAAGUUAUCACGAAAUACACACAAAUGUAGAUAUAUGGAUUUUACUCAAAAACUAGGAAUAUCCGAGGUGUGUUGAUC